UGAUAAAAGCCGCUGGUGGCGGUAUAGUGCAAUUUUUCCCGAUAUAAAUUUACGAUAAUUUUAUUUUUAUUACGUUUCUAAUUAUUUAUUAACCUGUUCUUUUUUUAUUACGUGUUAAUUUAUUUUACUUUGUACAAAAAUCGUGAUCAGUUUAUGUGUAGUGGCAGAAACAGGUGAUGUGGGGUACACCCUGGAUGGAUCGAUACCGGUGACUGCGUCGCUUUGUUGCGAGGGUGCGAUGGAGAAGUCCGCGUCAGCGCGGCCGAGGACGGCUCUAAACGAGUGUGUGAAGGUGGUGGUGCGGUGCCGGCCGCUGUCCGACCGCGAGAAGAAUGAGGGCCACGAUGAGGUGAAGAAACGGCGAGUCAGGCCGACUGAUCAAAAAUGGUACGAGCGUCUCUCGACGAAAGGAACUGGAGAUCAGUUCCAAGAGGCUGACCUACCCCUGCAGGUGGUGCAAGUGUGGCCGGAGCGGGGCGCCGUGCAAGUGCUCAACCCCAAGGGCCAGGACAAGCUGUUCACAUACGAUGCCGUCUACGACGCAAACGCUGACACGCAGACCAUCUACGAUGAAAUGGUCCGUCCCCUGGUGGCGUCCGUGCUGGACGGGUUCAACGGGUGCGUGUUCGCGUACGGGCAGACCGGCACCGGCAAGACGCACACCAUGGAGGGCUCCGCCGACGACGAGGGCAUCAUACCGCGCGCCUUCCGGCACAUAUGGCAGCACAUCGAGACCAGUGCGUCGCGGGAUGUGACGCAUCUUGUGUCCUGCUCCUAUGUCGAGCUGUAUCUAGAAGAUGUCAGGGAUCUGCUGUCUAAGGAUUGCAAGAAACUGACUAUUAGAGGACAGGAAUUGAACGGCUUCUACAUCCCCGAGAUGACCUCGAUCGUGUGCAAGUCGGCCGCGGAGAUGGCGCGCGCGCUGCGCACGGGCAACCGCGUCCGCGCCUCCGGCCGCACCGACAUGAACGAGCACUCUUCCAGGUCCCACGCCGUCUUCCUCGUCACGGUGGAGUCGCAGCACAAGCCCAGCAACCGCAUCCGCGUCGGCAAGCUGAACCUGGUCGACCUGGCGGGCAGCGAGCGGCAGCGCAAGACCGGUGCCGGCGGCGAGAGGCUCAGGGAAGCGGCUCGCAUCAACCAGGCGCUGUCGUCGCUGGGAAAUGUGAUUUCCGCACUCGCUGAGAACAGCCCUCAUGUGCCCUACCGGGACUCGAAGCUGACGCGCAUCCUGCAGGACUCGCUGGGCGGCAACAGCAAGACCAUCAUGAUCGCGGCGGUGGGCCCGGCCGCCUACAACUACGACGAGACCAUCACCACGCUGCGGUACGCUCAUCGAGCUAAAGCGAUAAAGAACAAGCCGAUCCGCAACGAAGACCCGAAGGACGCGAAGCUGCGCGAGUACCAAGCGGAGAUCGAGCGGCUCCGGGCCCUCAUCGAGCAGCGCCGCGCGGCCGAGAAGCGCCCGCGCCGCCCGCCGCGCGCCCCCGGCCCCGCACCAGGUCAGUCGAGGCUUCCAGAAGAAGACACAAUAGACACCGCCAGCCUCGAAAGCGAGCACAUUCUCGCCGAAUCCACCAUCGAGCAGGAAAAAUGCAAGACCGAGGAGCUCGAGCAACAGAUCCGGCAACUAGAGGAGCGACUCGUCUCCGGCGGCGGCGACGGGGACCUGCUGGACGACCUCAGGCAGUCGCGGGCUGUGCUCGACGCCAGGAACAUGGAGAUAGCGGAGAGGAAGAAGAGGGAGGUGGAGAUGCAGCAGAAGAUCGAUUUGGAGGAGGAGACUACGGCGUCCGUUACUCAGACCUUUGCUUCGUUGCAGCAAGAGGUCGACCAUAAGACACAGCGAUUAAAGAAAUGCGUGACAAAGUACGCGGCCCUCCGCGAGGAGAUGGUGGAGCUGCGCGAGGCGCACGACGGCGAGCGGCGCGAGCACGAGGCGCUGCAGGCCGCGCUGGUGGCGGGGCUGCGGCGCCGCCUGCUGCUGGCCGACAGCUUCGUGCCGCUGGCCGGCCGCGCGCAGGUCGCCCGGCUGGCCUACGACGACGACCAGGACGCCUGGACUAGAGCCGUGCCCGACAGCGUGGAGCCCCUAACAGUCCGGCCGGUCGCGGGUCCCGGCCGGCGGCCGACGUGCGCGGCGGCGGCGGGGGGAGGGGGAGGGGGAGGGGGAGGAGGGGUGCCCCUGCGGCGCCGCGCCGAGAACCUGCUGGACCUGGCGCCGCUGCCCCUGCCCUCCACCACCCGCCCCUACGUCCCGCCCCAGCCGCGCCUGCAGAGGUCAAUGGAGAGCUCCAUGAAGAAGUCUCCGGAGCUGGAGGCGCCCGCGCCGGCCCCUGCGGUGCGCAAGAGCGCGCGCCCCGUGCGGCCCGGCACCGCGCACGCGCACCACCGCCUCGGCACGGCCGGCGUGCGGUAGCCCCGAGGCCGCUCCGGCGUGCGGUAGCCCCGAGGCCGCUCCGGCGUGCGCUAGCCCCGAGGCCGCUCCGGCGUGCGGUAGCCCCGAGGCCGCUCCGGCGUGUGGUAGCCCCGAGGCCGCUCCGGCGUGCGGUAGCCUCGAGACCGCUCCAGCUCUCUCAAGUGACAUGGCUCAUACACUCAUCAAACAUUACUUGUCCCUCCUGAGACUUGUGUGACAUUGGUUCUUUUAUUACACAAGUUAAUAUAAACAUUCAAUCAGAAAGUUAGGUUUAGUCCUUAACGGGAAGAAACAUUGAUUUGAUUGCGGUGUAUGACCCACAUUUACUAGCACAGUAAAUGAUCCUGUCUCUCUGGAUAUGAUGAUGGGAAUCUGCCAUAUGGAGGCAAAUUUUUCCCAAUGGAUGUUUUAGAAUUAUAAACCCUAGUGAGGCCUUUUAAACUUAGCCAAUCUGUCAUAUGGUAUACAUAAGACAGCUGUGUUAUGCUUCACUUUUUAACAGAUUGGCUCUGUGGAAAGCGGUUGCUAGGAUUUAAUUUUCUUAAAGUCCAGUAUAAAUAUUGUGGUGUGCGGAGGAUGUCCAGCAUCCUGCGUGGCAGCCACGGCCCUCAGGAUAGUGUUAGUCUGAGUAUGCGAUAUUUUUAUACAUUAUUAUUAAUGCCAAACGCCCCGCUUAGUCGCGUGGCUCGUUGAUCUCUGUGCGCGCGUUACGCCUUUACCAUGAUUUUAUAUUCCAGUGUGGGCACAUACUAAUUAAUAAAAAUGCCUAGUGUAGAAAUUUUCAAGCUCUUAAUUUCCAUUUGGGCGUAGUCAAUCCCGGUUGUUUUUGUUUUAGAAUGAUUUUAUUUUACGGUUGUUAUUUUAUGUGAAUUUUAUUUUACGCUUCACAUUAUGUUGGAGCAGGUGAUAUUAGGUAGAUUGUUACACUUAUUUGUAUGUAUUUAAAUUCAUUGUAUCGUAAAGUAAAUGAAUUUUUAAGAUAAUUUGAUUGUACCAGACACACCAGCAUCUCACGGAGAUCCUGGUGCGAGUUCAAAUGUUUACCAAAGACGGAAACUGUCCAUUCCAUGCACUUGUCCUACAGUUGUUGAUAUUACCAGUGAUCAUGUUCCUUUACUUGUAAAAUUCAUAAAUCGUAAGUGGUUUUGUUAAAUUAUUAUUAAUCUAGACAUGGUUUCUAGUCAAUGAUUCUUGUAUACAGUUAAUGUAAAUAGUUAUUAGAUAUUAAAGUACCUAUAGAUAGUGGCAGCGUAGCUAGUUGCAAAUGUCGCACAACGCUGGUGCCUCGCGUCGUGUACUCAGUUCUGUAUCUAAAAUGCUUUAUUUUAGAAAAAAAUGCAUUAAAUUCUGUCUUAAAGCCUUCAUUGAAGCUGUUUUUAUAUUGGUGUAUUUAAUUUGUGUAUAAAUUAUGAACGGAAGAAUGGAAUCAUGUGAUAUGUAUUGAAACCGCUAGUCAGCUGUGCCGCGUACACGCUUAUACUCACUAAUAAAACAAUUUAAAUUUUA